UUUGUUUUCUUUGUUGUGUUUACUUUUCAACAGUUUAUCAUGUGAAAUCUCACUCAACUUAAAUUGCCUGCCUUUAAGCCUCACAUCAUUUGAAAAGUUCCGUUUUUCCUAGUUCAGUUUCAUUACUCGCACUAGUUUUCUCUCUCCGUUCUGGAAUAUGGAAAAGAAAUUAACAUCCUUGCUGGUCCAAUUGGAUUCUCUGAUGUCAUCUGCCACAAUCAUUGAAAGUUUGGUUCCGGCCACUGACGUUAAUCUUGGUGAAAGCAUUGUUGUUGAGAAAUUACAGCAACUUGUAAAUAAAGUGAAUCAAGUGAACGCACAAAUAAAUUACCUUCAUGAAUGUUUUAACUCCUAUGACCAGUGGAUGGAAAGAGAAAAGGAAUUACUAGCUAAGUUGGAAAACUUGACUGCACGACUAGACCACUUAGAAAGGUAUCUGCCGGCACAAUGCUUUCAAACGGUCGCAGCCAAUCUUCCAGAGCAAACUCCUCCAGAUUCACAUGCUACCAAUGGCUAUCACAGUGGCACCCAUAACGGAACAUCCAGCACUGCAACAUUAAUGGCGAACUCAGAACCAAAAACUGUGAUAAAAAAACCGGUUGAAUACCCUCAUAUCAGGCAUUUAACGCAAGAAGAACUAGACGAAGUUCCAAGCUACAUAAGGAAUAGAUUGCAGUUAGAUAGAAUCAGAGCAUUUGUUGAUAAUUUCAAUGCAGUCAUGAAAAAGAAAUAUGCUCUGAUGAGACUCCCAAGAAACAAAGUUCCGAAAACAGAAAUUCCUCUUUACACUGCCUGGAAAGUUCAAGACAACAAGGAAACUAAAGGUCAUUCGUUCCUCACGAAGGCUGAUCUAGAUACAUUCGGCUCUGCCAAAUUAUCAAAAGGAGACUUCACAAUACUGCAAAUCCUCCGUCACUGUAAAAGGCUAAGAGAAAGUAAACUCAACAAAGAGAGCUAUUAUAUCCUCAUAGACUAAAAAGUGAAUCAGUGAGAACAUGCUCGAAUCUAAAUUAAGUAAGUUAUAUUAGUUUAGUAAAAGAAAAAGCAGGACUUCCCUACUUUUCAUCAAGGAAUAAGGAUACAUCCUCUAAGUCCAUCUGAGUUAUAGCAUGACUAAUCUUUCUAAGGUCUUACUUUUUAAUUCAUAUCAUGACAGUGAUAGAAAAGCACUAAAGUAGCGAAGAUCCCUCCCAGAAAAACUAUGUGCAGUAGACGCUCUUUAAUGCUGGCCAUUAAGCAAAUAUGUACAAGGUUUUCUUCACACUCAUGCUCCUCGAGAAGUGUGGUUGUAUUUUAUCUCGAAGCUUAUAGAUCUAUUUUUUAACAACACGAUAUAUAAUAUCACUUUAAUUUUGUAAGUUGGACUCCACUUUUUUAUCUCUGUAAUAAGAAAGAGGGUCACCUUUCAAAUGAGAUUUCCCCUUUGGUUUAGCUCAAUAAAAAUAAGAAAUUAUAGAUUAAUUGAGCAGGUUUUCUUGAUCAAAUUUUUGAGAUCGUCAAAAAAAUCAGUAAGAUCUAAAACUUCCCCGACUUUACCUUGAAAUCUUUAUUUUCCGACUUGCAUAACUGACCCAUCAAUUAGAAAUAAUAAUGAAGCCAAAAAAAAUUUCUGAGUUAUCUGAAGAAAUCACUCAGUAUGUCAGUAGAUGGUGGAUACAAAGAGGUCAAGGAAUUUUGGUCCUUUUACAUAUUAUUCAGACACUGCAAGUAGAUGCCCCGAUGCAAUCGAUGAAGCCCUGAAAGUGAAAAUUGGGUAGUUCGUGUCAUUUUCAGUAUCAUUGAUGACCCCAUUCCCAGCUUUUUAUUUCUGCGUCUAAUAUUGGCUCAGAAAAAAGAAUGAAUAAAGGAAUUUUUUCUUUCCAGAAAUCUGUUGAGCCUCGCUCACUUUUACCAACCCUAUCGUUCUUCACAAUCUUUGGCCAUAUGCUUAGUCAGAGCGUCUACAUACUUGGAAGAGAAAAUUCUUGGACUUUUUUCUGGGUUGCGUCAGAAUUUAGAAAAUGAAAUCCCUUGACAUUUUCCCGACACAUUUUGGCAAAUUCCCCAACAAUUGUGGAUAUACCAGACGAAAGAUGUAAUAUGAAAUAGUUUCCACGUAAAAUCUGUUGAUCGAAUUGUCAAACCCAUUCUGGAAAGCAAAUGAAGGUGAUUUUGACUUAACAAUUUUUCCCUAACCUUUUCUCAAUUUUCCCUGACUUUUCCUGGUUUUCCAGUUGUUCCCUGACCAUAACAACCCUGUUGAUUAGGUUUUUCUGAACCUAAUUAAUCAAAAUUCCCAGACUCUUAUUGUUGACCAAUGGCGCUGAGAACUGAAAAUAAACAAUUUGCAGGAUUAAUCUCACUGCAAGUGGCAGAAACAUGAGAACAAUUUUUCUUGAGGUAUUGAUCAUUCAAUGAAUUAAAGUUGCAACUCUAAAUUGAAACUUGUACCUUUGUUCACAAUUCUGAGUGUAACUCUAAAGCAUUGAACCCCGAACCAGACUUAGGUUCAGUUUGAUUUUGUAUACAACACGGAUGUUCUCCAGAUUUCAAAUUUCCUGUGUCUCUUAUAAAAUUCCUUGACUUUUUCCUGAUUCCGCCAACCUUUUUACCUUUGUACAAAUUAUCAAAGUCUCUAGUGAAAAAUUGAAGUAACAUUUCUGUGAUUUUGAAAAAUGACUAAAAUUACAUUUAGUCUUGUAGCCCAAAAAGUCUUAGCUGAUUACGCAAAGCUGAAAAUCGGGUUGUGGAAGACUGAAAUAAGUAAAACGAGGGUAUGCUCUUCCGCAACAGACCAUCCAAAAUCGACCAAAAGCUCCGCUCUAUUCAUUCCAUUUCAGUCUUGGCGGGAAGUCUGAAAGAAAAUGUGGAUUUUACAAUAUUUGACACUCAUUGAUUCCAUCGCCCCUUGUGCUCUGACCCUGUUAAACAAGCGCGGAACAAUAGCCUUGAAUGUUGUGUGUCAGAGUGAACGUAAUAUGAAUUGAACUUCAAAAUAAAAAAAUCUACUUUAAGAGAUUUUACCAACUAAAAUGCUCUGAAUAUUCAAGCUCGAUGAGCCCUCCAGUUAGACUGAGUUUAUCAGAAAAGAAUCAACCAAAA